AUGGAAUAUAUCACCAGAGGUACAGGAAAUAUAGAACUGACAUUUUCUUUGGCAGUUACAGGAGGGCCCUACGUGGGCAAAUCGCUCUUGCUGAACAGAUAUGUUAAUGGCAAUUCUCAUUACACCGAAGAAGCGACCAUCCUUCUUAAAAGUGUACGUCUGGAUCAUGACAUGAUAGUAACACUUGUAAUGUGGGAUAUUUCUGUUUCGGACUUUUUCUUCGCGAAAGCAAGGGCUCUUGUUGUGUAUGACAUAACACAGAGACGUUCAUUUGAGAAAGCAAAGGAGUUGGUUGAUGAGUUCGCUCAACGGGCCUGGCCAGGUGCCUUUGUAGCUCUUGUGGGGAAUAAAGCGGAUCUUGAAAGUAGAAGGGAGGUGUCUUUUAAGGAAGCUCAGGAUUAUGCAGAUGGAAACAAUGUAGUUGAGAUUUUGAUGGAAGUGUCAGCACUAACAGGCGAAAAUGUGGAAGACCUUUUCUCCAAAGUAGUGAAACGUAUAACUGAAACCAUACCCGUUGUCGAACAAACGUUGGCUUUGAGAAGCAAAACUUGGAAUCUGAGUAAGAUGAAUUUGAACAGCGAUGAGGUGGAGUAUCUCAUAAACGUUUUUAUGCCUAGGACUUUGUCAGCUGCAUAUAUCCAAUCGCUGGAUUUGAGCUACAAAAAUUUAGAAAAGCUACCUGGCUUUUUUUUGUUCCCAUUGGAGACCUUGACGUGCUUAGAAGUGAAUGACAACAGAUUGUCCUCUCUGCCUACAAGUAUGCGAUGCUUGAAAGGACUUCAAGAGGUGGACUUGAGAAAUAAUCAACUGAAGAAACUUGAUGUGGUUAGAGAACUGCCUAAACUUAGAAAACUAUUGGUUGAAGGAAAUCCGCUCUCACUAGAGGAGAUCAGAAGUCUUUUUAAGUAUGUGGAUACGACUACAAGACCGAUAUUCGUAGACAUUGCAGCUGUAGCUCCUCCUGAAAUUUUGGCGCAAGGACAUUCCGCAAGACUGGUUUAUGAAGAGGCCCUUAGAGAUGGAUUUGUGAAUGUUUAUCGCGGUCGCAUAGUAUUGGUUGGCCAGGAUCGUGCCGGUAAAACAAGUUUAAAGAAGACUCUCUUAGGUCUUCCAUUUGACUUCAAGGAACAAAGUACGGCCGGGAUCGAAAUUGAGCCAUCAAAGUUCGAAAUUGAAGUUGAGCAAAUUAAGAACUGGACUCCUAGUUGUGCGAACAAGUCAAGUUUGUCUGAUUGUUUGGAAUAUACAACGGGUAUGGCAAAACUGUUAGCGACAGAAAGGUAUCACAUGAUUGUUCGUGAUGACAAGGAAGACUCGGAAAUGAAAUCAGUAGGGGCACAGCCUAAGGAAGAACGCAGAGUGGAGUCAGGAGAUGAAUUGCACACAAAACAUGUUGUCGCCGAUCAGGCUUCCAUGUACGAGGAUACGGCCACAAAGUUUCCAGAUAGAUCCGGGCCAUCAAGCGAAUUUCAUGAAGGAGAUAAUCCGAGCACAAAGUCCAAAAUAGCUAUCAACGCCACCGUACUUUCUAAUGCCGUUGAAAAACAGGCUGAUAAACUCUUAAAGAACAUGAUCGUUGAAGGUGUGGAUGCUGAUCGUGCAUACAUUGAGAAAGGAUCCUCGAUAACCGCAGAUUUGUGGGAUUUUGCGGGUCAGCAAGUGUACUAUGCUGCUCACUCGGUAUUUCUUUCGCCAAGAGCUGUGUACAUCGUAGUUCACAACCUUAACAAGCCACUGAAUGCCCGAGCUGAGCCAUGUGCCAGACAGGGAACUUAUGAAGUAACUUUGGAGAACCCAAACAAUGAGACAAAUCUAGAGAAUUUGCUGUCGUGGCUCGUGACAGUUCAUAAUAUGAGACCAACUGGAGAAGAAAUGGUUGAAACGCCUAACGUGCUGCCCUAUCUCCGACCUCCAGUGUUCAUUGUUGGCACCCAUGCUGACGAGCCAUAUGAAGAUACUAAGGAUGUUACAUCCAAGAUACUUCGUGAGAUUUCUAGUAAGGAAUAUGGAAAACAUGUGAUCCGACCAUUCUUCUACAUUGAUAACACUCAAAGAGACAAGUCAUUUGCGCAGAAAAUCUGGAAUUGCUUUAAAUUUCAAAGAAAUGCUCAAGCAGGUCAAGAAAGAGACAAUGAUGGCACUAGUGCCGAUGGAAUUCAUGCUCUUCGAGCGAGAAUCCUGGAAGUACUUCGACAGGAACCUUAUAUGGGAGAGAAGAUACCAGUGAGAUGGUUUAACUUCGAAAAGGUCAUUGAAGCUUUGGUAGCUGAGAAUGUAUACCACUCAAAUACUGUCCAUCUUCAAACCUAUGCCAAGGAUGUAUGUUUUAUAGAAGACGAUGAACAGUUUCACACCAUGUUGAAUUUCUAUCACGACUUAGGUUUGAUUGUGAAACACCGCAGUACAGUCAUUCUGAAGGCACAGUGGUUAAUCAGUCUAUUCAAGAAGCUUAUAACCAUCCCAGCAUUCAAAAAAGCGGAUCCUGUGCAUUCCAAGUACUGGCUGCAACUCGAGACAAGUGGUGUCCUUACGAUGGAGCUUGUUGAUCACGUUUUUUCCCCUCUUAUUGAGCAAGGCGUUAUCAAGGAAGACAUCUUGGACAUGAUGGAGCAGUUUUGUUUGAUUGCCAAAUACUCACCAUCCCCGGCUGACGUUUAUUACUUUGUGCCAUGUCAACUGAGGUCCUCACCUGAAGAGCUUUGUAAAAUGGAACCAUCAUCUACGGAUCCUUGUCCUUUGUAUCUUCAUUUCCAAGAAGGCUUUGUUCCGCAUGGUCUUUUUACUCGCCUUGUUUCAAAAUCGGUUGCUUGGUGUGGUGCAAAUGGAUCGUCACAGCCUCCAAAACUCUACCAGAAUGGUGCAUGGUUCAUUCUUGAAGAACGCGUCAUACAUGACAUGAUUAUGAUUUGCAAAAAGAAGUUCAUAAAAAUCCUCUUGAGACAAAGAAUUAAGAGGAACGUAGUUGCAGUUUCUAAUGCAACUUUGGUAGAAGUUGCUAGAAGUGUGCGAUUGUUUAUGGAGAGCACUUUAGAAAAGAUGUCGCAGGAGUUCCCAUACCUGAGCAGGAUGCAGCAUGAAGGAUGA